AUGUGUAAAGUAGUUGCUCCAUACGAAGCAUCACCACACGAAAUUACUAGCAGCAAUUGGCGACACUCACUCGGUGAUGAACGCUUCUGCAAGGCAUAUCGAGAUUUCUUCGAUCAAGAAUUAACAGUUAGUGGAAACAAUUGGCAACAGAAGUUCUGGGAAUUAUUGCUAGACAACAAGCCAGAGCCAAUGAUCAACAGCGUAGUCAGUGGUUUGGCUCAUCCUCUCAUUCAUAUUGGCUAUGCAUUCGAAUUGGAUAGUCGAAUAGUAGCUUCUGAAGCAUUAACACUAACUGCAGUAUGCUAUAACUAUCAUCAUGAAUUUAUUGACAAAUUGAAGCCACCCAAAGCUGGCUCAAAAUCGAUUCUGGAAAUCUUCAAAGAUCUUCGUUCUGAUAAUCGAUUGCCACUAUUUGACGCGCCAGGUGUUGGCAAUCUAGAGCCAAGCGUAAAACAAUCGAUCGAUAUUGUUCUAACCUACUUCGAUCAAUGGCAGAUUAACAUAAACAAUCUGGAAAAAACUAUUGAAGAUCUAUUCGAUUUUAGCGUUUAUCUUUAUGGUGCUACACAUAAACCAAAUCAAAUUGAUUUCGAUUUUUUCCUUCUUCAUUUACUCACAUCAAUGCAUGCUAUUCGUAUAAUAUAUCCACAUAUAAAUGAUCGACAACUUGCUGAACAUAUUCUUUGGCAAUUCUUUUAUAUCGCUAGUAUGCUCUACAUUUGUCAACUUCGACCUGAGAUUAAUCAAGAACUUAUUUAUGAUUACAAAAUUGAUGAUAGCAAGCAGAAUUGGAAUUAUGUUAUCGAACGAUCAGUAAAUACCGAAUUAGCCGAAGAUGCUCAUUUGGUGAAAGUUGUACGUACUUUGAGAGAUGCAGAAGUUUUUUAUGGUAGCAAAAAUGGACUUUACUUGAAAACAGCUGUCAAAACUGUUGAAAAUGUAAAUACAGACAACAUGUGGAUUGGUGGACCGAUUAAUCCUAGACAAUUGAAUAUACUGAAACGAGUAUAG